CUGCUCCUGGCGCCGGAUUGCUGCAGCGUUCCACCCGCCUCUGCUUCGCUGCUGUUCCUGCCAGCGAGGCCUGGGCCUUCCGGAGCGAGCGGCGCCUUCCUCUCCCUCGCCUUUGUCCGCUCUCUCGCUCGCCUGCCUCCAUUCCUCUUCCCUCCUCUCACGUGUCCCGGGCUCCCAGCUGGGAGGCGAGGAACCACAGGCUCGCUCCUUUCCUCCUCACAUGACCCGAGUGUUUGUCCCCGUGAUCAGCGCCUCGGCUCCCGUGUCUGCGCCGCGUCCCCUCUCUUGCCUCCACCCGGCGUGAGGUUUCCAAGCGGGGGGAAAACAAGAAGGAAGCCGGGCCGGGGCGCUCUCCUUCCCCUCCCCCUUCCCUUCCCUCCCCCUUCCCUUCCCUCCCCCCUUCCCUUCCCCCCAUGGACAUGCUCGAUCCAGGCCUGGACACAGCCAACGCUGCUGCCAACGCUGCUUCCAGCCACGAGAAAGGACAAGAAAGUGAAGAGGGAGUCGAGCUGCAGGAAGGGGAUGGCACAAAUGCAGACGAACAGACGGCCGUGGCCAUUGCCAGUGUCCAGCAAGGGGCCUUCUCAGACCAUAAUAUCCAGUAUCAGUUUCGCACAGAGAACAAUGGAGGACAGGUGACAUACAGAGUAGUUCAGGUGACAGACAGUCAGCUGGAUGGACAAACAGAUGCAACCGGGGCAGUUAGUGUGGUCUCAACAGCAGCGUUUACAAGUGGCCAGCAAGCUGUUGCUCAGGCUGUGAUCCAGAACCCCUUCAGCAAUGGCGGAAGCCCAGCCGCAGACACCGUCAGCGGGGAGGCACGAUUUGCAUACUUCCCUGCAUCCACGGUGGGAGACGCCACUGCAGUGUCAGUGCAGACGACGGAUCAGUCGCUGACACAGGCCGGAGUUAAUGAAGGCCUCUCCUGGACCCAAAAUGGCCCAGGAAUACCCCCAGAACAUGGGCAAUUCUAUGUAAUGAUGACGCCACAGGAUGUGUUGCAGACAGGAACGCAACGAACCAUCGCUCCUCGUACCCACCCCUAUUCCCCGAAAAUGGAUGGGACACGGACGCCACGGGAUGAAAGGCGAAGAGCUCAGCACAAUGAAGUUGAACGGAGGAGGCGAGACAAGAUCAACAACUGGAUCGUCCAACUAUCAAAAAUCAUUCCAGAUUGCAAUACAGAUAACACCAAGACGGGAGCGAGCAAAGGAGGCAUCCUGUCCAAAGCCUGUGAUUACAUCCGUGAGCUGCGCCAGACAAAUCAGCGCAUGCAAGAAACCUUCAAAGAAGCUGAGAGGCUGCAGAUGGACAACGACUUGUUACAACAGCAGAUUGAGGAGCUGAAGAACGAAAACGCCCUUUUGAGAGCACAGUUGCAACAACACGGGAUCGAGAUCGUGGGGGACACCCCGGGGCAGUAGCGUGCCCCCCCCCAUCUUUUUUUUUUGCCAUUGCCUCUUCAUUUGGGAUUUCACCCUGCAGUUCUCCUUUUUGUAUAAAAGCCCCCGCAAUGAACCUUGUCUCACAUGGGGGUCAAAUAAAGGGGAGGGGACAUUUGGGGGUGGUGCGGGGAGCCAGAUCACACGGACUGUUGGCCCUAGUCCUUGCAACUGCUCCCAAAACCCCCUUUUGCCUUCCUGCCCCAAAUACUCUUUCCUGUUCCCCCUUGCUGCCUCCCUCCUUUCCUUAGGAUAUAUUAAGGUUAAACAGUCAAAAAUCUGCAUUUUUAUAGUAGAUUUUUAACACAGGCUAGCCAACUUUUUCUGCCGCUCUCAGCCCUAAUCAUGAGGGCCAGGGAGUAUUUCCCACUUUAGCUGUUUAAAUCUGUCAGAUCCCGUUUCCUCUCCGUUUAGAGACUUGUGUGGUUUUGAGUCCUGCUCCUGAGCGGCAAAUGGACAUCCAUUUUGGUUAUGGCUAUGAACUGGGCAGGGGAAGGGGCUUGGUAACUCAGGUUUGGCUACCGAACUAGUACUUUUGGCUUUUCUCUCUGCCUGUGUCCCCUCAGCUAUGAAGAUAUUCUCAGAAGAUCUGGAUUGCAGACUGCAAGGGUUAAGUCGCCUUGCUUUAAGGUGCCCAGAAAGGAGUGCUUUCUGCAUUGAAACACGUGGUGUGCUUUAACUUGCACAUCCCAUGUGCCAAUGCGCAGGUUGCAUUCAUUUUCAGUGCUGACAGAAAUCUGCAAUUGUUAGUUGGGGCUUAAUUUUGAUUUGCGUCAACAAGAGUUCUUGCUGACUUCUAUUUUGUGUCACAAACGUGGAAGGUUGCCACUCUGUUUUUGCCUCUUAGCUGUGUCUGUCCUUUCUCUAUUUCCACAUCAGAAUUUGUGUUUUUUUAAAGGCACAGUGGAAAACAAUCCUAAAGCCUACUUCAGCCUCAUCCCUCCUUCCCUUUCUUUCUCUCCUUGUAAGUAUUCUUUUAUUUUAUUAGUUUCAAGGUGCGUUUGUAUAGAGGUACGGUGUUUGUAUGAUAGUGGAAACCCAGGCCAUUAGGAAAAAAAUUUAGUGGUGGAUUGAAUUGACAACAGGGUUGCUUUUUGUGUGUUUUUUGAUAUUAUGUAAUUUUUUAAUUAAACUCCAGCAGUGUUUUAGGAUUUCAGGUUGAAACGAAAGAAUCAGGAGAUGCAUUUGUAAAAAGAAGUAGUCUCCAAUAUUUUGGGUUCCCCCCACACCCCACCCCACACUUCCAAGCAGAUUUUUUAAGAAAAGAAAAAUAAGAGAAAUGGUUGCUAAAAUGAUAAAUAAUUUUAUUGUGAUAGCAAGUACCUUAGGUUUGAUUUUUUUUAAAAGAAAAUAUCUAUAUAUACCAGACCCCAACAAAAAUAAUAAUUAUAAUCCAGAAUUGCAGCUGGAUUGGUAGCGAUUCUUUGUACUAUUCAGUCCUGCUCCAAGCCUUUUGAAUGUAAGGAGGAGGAGGGAAGAGGUUUAAAUCAAGGGAAAAAAGCAAAUGGUAUAUAUAAAUAUAUAUAUAUAAAAGAAGAUUAAUGAA